AUGUCAUCACUUUUAAAAGAAGAGAUGCAAAGAGUUUUGUUCAGACCAGAGAAACGCACACUGGUGGAGUUUAUAGAGAUUGAGGAGGAAAAAAGGGGACGACAUUUCCUCUGCGUGUCCGUAUCUAAAAGUAAAGAGGUCCAGAUCGCAGUGGUGCAGUGCCAGAAAGCUCGGCCUGCUGACUGUAAAUCCCAGCGUAUUGGCCUGGAGGACAGUUAUGUGAAGACGGAGGUGUGGGCUCUUCAGGAACUGAGCAUUCUGGAUGGGAGAGACCCUGACAUAGAUGAUCCUUGUUUCCUGAUGCACUUUGACACAGUACGUCCUGUGAAAGCAGUGAGCUGCGCUGCAAAGUACUCCCUGGCUCGCUGCCUGGUGUCCCUCAGCGACACACAUCAGCACACUGAGCUCCACCUUCAUAAUUUUGACUGGACAUACAUUAAGCCAACGUCCAUAUACUCAAACAGAGGCGACUGCAUGGUUCUGAUGCGAAUCUGCUUCUAUGCCUUCAACUUAGUGUGUCUUUCCUUGUGUCCUGUGCCUUAA